CUGUUACAAGAGAAUUGAAAAUGUUCUUUUUCUUACUAGGAUCUGCAGAAUGAUGAAUUAAUUAUCUAAAUACUUUAAACGUUUAUGAACUUAAAAGAAUGUUUUAUGAAAUAAUUUUGUUGUUAUGGCAACAAACGAUAGAAAAUAUUUUUCAAAACAUAAAUUGAUUCAUAAUAAUGUGUAAACAACCUGUUGCACUUCCUGGCAGCAAAUAUUUUCAUCCUCGCUUUGCAGUUUGACGCAUUUGCCGCACGUGCACCUAUAUAGAUAUAUUUGGGUGAAACUAGAAUAAUUUUUCAUAACGUCGACUUUCUGAAAUGCUCUAUGUAAUAGUAUUGCUAACCUAUUUUAAGAAUAAUUCUAAUUUACUUCAUUGAUAAGCAAAACAAAACAUUUAUGUUGUCACACUGAGAGUUUUUGUGAGUCAUCGUGCUCCAGUCGUGGUGGAGUUUGUGGAGGAUUAGCGUCUUCUUCCUCGUCAGAUUAGGGCUCAAACUGGUUCGGUAAAAUCGCCGCCAUCUCUAUCUACACAUAUAAAUAAAGAGAUCCAACCACAUGUAAACCGUUAUCCUGUAAUGAUGGUAGGCGUUCCAUUUGCGACAAAUGAUGAACGCGUUUGACCAAUCACAACAGACUACACCAUCUGACCAGUCACAUGACACAAGGUUACCGGGUAGGAGGGGCCUAGACGGGUGAAUCGCGGAACGAAUCAUUUGAGAGUCAGUCAAGAAGUAAGGUACGAAUAACAUGUUGUCAAAAUAUGCAGAUACUCUUUCUUGUGUUCGUGUGGAAGCCAAUUGGUAACCUAUCUUCAAGACUCAUGAGACAUGAGUACGUUUUUUUUCCCCUAAGUCAAACAAAAGUGAGCAUCCAGAGGUACUCAAAUUUUGCAAUCUUUUCAUUCACAGGUUUAUAGAAAUUGUCAAAGAAGUUGCAGCUAAAACAUUAUAUGUGACAUUUGGUGAGAAAAUGAGUGUCGUAAAUGUGUUGUUGUUAUUUUCACAUUGUCCAUCAAAUACAAUAAUCUCCUUGAAAAUACUGAAUGAGCUACACACGUUUGAAGCAACAGUUUUCCAGAAGCAAGCAGAAUCUUUUUUCAUGGAUCAUUAAAACAACAUAACAUUUUAGGAAGGUACACCUAUUUAAAAAUGUACAAAUAACAAUCAUUUUAGAUAUUUCGAUGAUAUUUGGAACAUAGGAGCUAGAUGAGGGCUUUAUAAAUAUUUUUUUGUGAAAACCCAACCAAAAUAUAAAUAAUUUUCCAGCACAGGUCAGGUAUUACGGAGCCCUUUUAGGGACAUGGUGGUGGAAAAAAAUGUGAGGAAAGAGGAAAAAAAACUUUUGCGUUCCCACCUCGCAAAAGAUUCACACGUCCUGUUAUUCUGCUCCGUACAUUAACAAUGGAGCGGUUCAUACUAGAUUCCAGGACAAAUAACUUGUGAGCUAAACGUUGUUAUAACACAAACAACACAUUAUUCCUUAGACAAGGAUCAACAACCUAGUCUUCCUCAAAACGAGAAUAUAAAUGUAUCUAUAUAUGAGAAAGUGAAGUGCAGUAAUCCAAAGAGACCGUCUACAAAGUGACUGUAAAUAGCGUAAUUAAAAAAAUUGUCAUUAAAAACUUAAAUGUUACACACUGCGGUCUCACCAAAUUCAGAUUGUACAUUAAUGGCCUCCUGUUGAAUCUAAACUGGUUUUAGCUAUACUAAAUUAUGUAGCACAGAAGUUAAUUACUAUUUUUAGUACCCUAAUGAUCUUCGAGUUUUGCCCUUUAUAGAGGAUCCCUUCGGUCUUGUCUCAGCCGGUUCAUUGUUUACGUUACGUAGAAUAAGGUGUCAUUUGUUUUAUAAGAACGUUUAGCUCACUACUUAUUAGUCUGGGAAUCUGCGUCUAUAAACCAAAGUUUACGGAACUAGUCUCAGACUCAGCCAGCAGGACAUUGAACAUGAAGUGUCUGUUCGAAAUUCGAAAUCGUUUGCGAGACAAUGCAAAACUUUUGCGAGAAAACGCAAAAGCUUUAAAAAAUAUUUUUUUCUUCCCUAUCAUUUUCUUCCCCCACCACCAUGUCCCUUAAAGGGCUCCGUACAUAUUUGAGCAUUUAAAGAUGUGAAGUUUACUGGAAUCACAAGUUUAAAAAUGGCAUGAAAUUAAAUUGUCAAAAUAUAUAAAUAACCUUUUGAUUGUGUGUGUAACAGUGAAAUUCCGAGACCGGAUAUUUUUCAAGUAAGUUUUUUCACCUCACAUAUUGAAACAUUGGGUGUAACAAAUGUUCAGUAAAAACAAGUACUUCAAUUUCUAUAACAUUAAACAUGCGUAAUAUUUCCAAAUACUUUAGUUCCUGCAACAUUAUGAAUGUCCAGUCAUUUUCUGGGGCUCUUGAUGAAGGAAUUGGAAGUCUCAUCUACAUCUGCAAGUCUUUCUCAGAUCACACCCCUGAUUAUGAUCAACUCAGGGAAUAUAUUGUACAGGCUGAACAGUGCAUGGGAAAGGCAGAAAACAUUAUUAAUGUAAAACUGGGAAAUUUUGAUCAACGCAUGGAGCAACUUAUUAGAAAGAAACACGAUGCUGUGCAGCAGAAGAAAGCAAAAGGCCUGGCUGUGGAUAAGUUACGCAUAGAAAAAACAUCUGCUGAACAAUCAUUACAGAAUUUCAACAAAGCUUUGGAACAAGCUAGACGAAAUGUACAAUCAGCUCAAAAUGCUGUAAGCGCAGCAAAAUAUAGGAUGGACUCAAAUCAAGGUUUAGCAAUUGCAGGGGGGGUACUGAUUGUAAUUCCAAUUGUUGGAUGGAUUGCUGGUCCUGUAAUGCUGGGUGUGGGACUGAGUGAAUUACAAAAGGCUGAAAAUGACCACAAUGCUGCUGAAAUGGAUGGGCAAAUGUAUGAAUUGAAAGUAAGCGAGUGCACCAAAAAAGUUUCUGAAUAUGAGAGAAAAAUUGGUCAUGCUCAGAAUGAAAUUCAGAUGACCAGUGUGGCACUGAGACAGAUUGAGGUGAUGAUCACAGAGGUUCAGAAGGAUCUAAAGAAUACUGCCGAUGAUCAGCAAAUGGUCAGAAGAGCUGUGAGACUUCUGGGUGAUCUUAGUGGAAGGGUCACUGUACUGGAGAAGCAAACUAAAAAUGUCAUCCUCUGGGAGCCUGUGGUAAAUAUCAUGAAAAAUGUGAUGAUAGCAGUAGUAAAUGUUACUAAGAAUCAGCUCUACUGUAGUGAUCUUGGCCUCAUAAAUACAUUGAAGGAGAAUGUUGGAAAACUACAGGUUGUAUGCAACUCUCCUAGUGACUAUGAUCAAUAUUAUUGAUAAUAUCUAUUAAACCCAUGUAACAGCGAUCAUGAAAGAAGAACAUUCUGGCCUACUGGUUUUUUAGAAACCACUCCAUGUAACAGAGAACACGCAAAAUAUAAUGUAAAUUCACAAUGGUGAUUGUAAUAACAAUGUAAUUGAGUUCAAAUCUUAUUCAUGUUGCUUCAAAGAAAUCUUAAAUACCAUCAUGUAUUACUCCAUUAUCAUCAUAAAUUCGCAUAUGGUAUAAUCGAAUCUUGAUAAUUUUAUUGACUUGACAGUCAUAAUGUUUUUCCAAAUACAGAAAUGGUCAUUAUUGCAUACAACAAAGAAAAUAAUUGAAUUAAAAAUGUUUAGC